CAGGCCUUGUAACUCAAGUAACUAAAUACCACUAUCAGAAUUAUGAACUUCUUCCGCGCAGCUACACGAACAUCAACUCUCAUUCGACCAACGAACUAUUCUCGUUUUGCUGCUCCUGUCUCAGCCAGAUGGAUUUCAGAUAGCUUGAAGUCCAAGUUAGAUCAGGCCGUCAAGGACAAUGAAGUUGUUCUCUUCAUGAAGGGUACACCAGAGGAGCCAAUGUGUGGUUUCAGCCGUGCUGCUGUUCAAAUCAUGCAAGUUCAGGGUGUUGAUUUCGGCAAGGUCAAAACUUUCAAUGUCCUCGAGGACGCCGAGCUCAGAGACGGUGUUAAGGAGUACUCCGAAUGGCCUACGAUUCCUCAAGUUUACAUCAAGGGAGACUUUGUUGGUGGCUGUGACAUUCUUCUCAACAUGCAUCAAUCUGGCGAUCUUGAAGAUCUCUUGAUCAAAGAAGGCAUUGUCUCCGAUGUCGAAGCUGAGGAGCCUAAGCAAUAAGUAAACCGAUAUCAACAUUAUUUUCGUCGCUUAAUAACAAGCAAAAAUAAAAAAAGGCUGACUCUGCUAGUAGAGGAAUCACGCAAAACUGUAGUUUGUUUUAAAUUGCUAGCCACGGCAAGGAACGGACCAGAUGUGAUCGAACUUUUCAACGGGAUAUGCCCCUUGCUUGCAGCCAUCUAUAUAAAUAGAUCCCGAUAUCAAUAUGCCAAUGGUCCGUUCGGACACAGAACAUCUCUUGAUGAGUCUACCCAUGUGUAAAUACUAGUCAUUGCACAGGACUAGCAUUGUCCACGGAGAACUGAAAGACUCCGGAAUUCGAGACAUA